AUGGUAUUUCAAGAUGAAACAACAAUGAUUGUUGAAACAACAAAUUCUCCAAAAAUUUCCUGUUUAGAAAAUAAAUCAUCAUCAUCAUCAUCAAUUCAACAAUGUUUUCACUCAUCUUGUUCACAUUGUGAUGUUAAUUAUUUAAAAACAAUUAAUUCUGAAAUAAAACAAUUAACAAAUGAAACUGAAUUAUUUAAAUAUUCAUCAAUAGAUAACAAAAAUCACUUAUCAUCAUCAUCAUCAUCAUCUUCGAAUAAACCAUUUGAAACACAACGUUUACAUUUUUAUUCAAUAAUUGAUGAAUGGAAAUCUGAUCGUAUGGAACAUGUAUCAUUUAUAUAUCAAAAGAAAAAAAAUCAAAUUGAUUUAAUAUGUUCUCAAACGUACCAUGAAUAUGAAACAUUUAAAAUUGAACAAAAAAAUUUAUUAAAUGAAAAUUUAUUAUCAAAUAAUAAUAAUAAUAAUAAUAAUCGAAUAUCAAUACCAAAUGAAAUUGAUGACUUAAAUCAAAAAUUAUCAUUAACACGUCAUUUACUUGACUAUUUCAUUCAACCAAAAUUAAAUAAUCAAAAUAUAUUUUCUGAUGAAGAUGAUAAUAAUAAUAAUGAUGAUGAUGAUGAUGAUGAUGAAUAUAUUAAUUAUGAAGAAAUUUUUAAACAAAAACCAAUUAAUGAAUAUUCAUUAUUAACUGAUAAUCUUGCUAUGGCAUGUUCUAAUUCGCAUAUAUUAUUACGUGAUGGUGCACGUUUAAUAUUAUAUAAUGAAAAAGAAAAACUUCAUCAAUUAGAAAUAAAAGUUCAACAUCCAGGUGAUUUUAUUCGAGAUUUAUGUUGGUGUGAAACACUUGGUUAUUAUCUUGUAUUAACCCAAUAUCUUUUAUUUAUAUAUGAUCCAGAUAAAUAUUCAUUAACUAUUAUUGAUAAAGUUAAACCAAUUGAACGAACAAAAUUUUCGUCAAUAACUUGUUCAGAUAAUAUUAUGUUUUUAGUUAAUGGUAAUGGACAAUGUGUUGAACGAUGGUCUACAGCAAAAAGUUUUAAUUGGAAACUAAUUAAGCGCUGGCCACAGAAAGAAUUUUGUCGUGAAAAUUUUCGUUUAACAUCUCGUAUUCGUGCCAACCAUAUUAUGCUAGCAUUGAAUAUUUGUGGUCUCAAUUUCGGUUAUCGGAUAUGUUUGUAUGAUUAUCAUAUGAAAUUGCUUCGACGAAUUAAUUCUGAUUCUAAUCUUCAUUUAUUAUCAUAUAUGAAUGGAAAUCAAUGGAUGGCAACAGAUUAUAAAGAACGUUUUUAUUUAUUUAAUGAUGAUGAAACAAUAAAAACAGUUAUUGAUUAUAAUGGUAAAGGUGGUUAUAUAAGAAAUACUGCUCGAUUAGGUUCAAAUUAUAUAGCUGUGAAAGUGAUGGCUGAUCUUCCAAAUGGUGGUGAAGUUGCACCGCCACUUGUUACAACAAAAACUGAUGCUCGUGCAAAUGGACCUAUAAGUUCUGCUGGUACAACUCAAGCUCCGGUUUCUCAAACAACAGCUGCAACUACAGUAGCACCAACAAAGAGUAAAAUAGUUGGUGGUGAUCGUCAACAUGAAAUUGCUCGACAAGCUAAAGCUCUUCGUGAUGAACGACGUGCAACGAUCGAUGCUCGACAUGAAUAUCUUUUUGGACGUCUUGCUGAAGCGAUCGGAAUCGAACCAUCACAAGUUGAAGAUCAUAUUUUAGGAGAUGAUAAAUUUGAUUGUAUUGAUGAUUUUUUUCUUGCUGGUGGACGUCGAGUAUUAAUGUUUUAUUAUCAAGAAUCGAAAAAUCCUGAACCAAAUCAACCAGUCUAUGGUCGUUUAACAAAUACUGGACCAAAAAAACGUGUUAUGAUUAGUACCGGUGAUGAAUCGAUGCAACUCACCGGUGUUCUUUAUUAUUUUGUUCGUCCAAAUCAACCGAAAGCAAUAACACCGGCUAAUAUUGUUAAUGAAGUUGUAUUUGGACAAUUAGAUGCAUCAAAUGGGAAAAUGCUUGAAUCUAUUGAUCAAUUAUUAGCAAAUAUGUUAAUUCCAUUAUUGCAACAAUAUGAAGAUUGGGGAGCUUUAAAAACGCGUAGUAAUAUUAAUGUACAAGAUUUUCUUGAUGCCAUGUCGCAAUUUACAGCAACUGUAAAUGGUGCAAGUGAUAAUAUAGCUCAUCAAGUAAAAUUAGCACCAAGUGAUAAUGAUAGUACACUAUCAACAUUAGCAACACCAAAUGAUUAUCAAACAAUGGCACAAAAUGGAGAUUUUAUAGUUGAAUGUGAAAAAUUAAUGGAUAAAUGGUGUAAACAAAUUGAAAAAAUUUUAGCUGAAAGUGAACAAAUUCGACGUGAAGCUGAUGAUGUUGGCCCAUCUGCUGAAUUAAUUCAUUGGAAACAACGCAUGGCUACAUUUAAUAACUUAUUAGAACAAAUCAAAUCUCCUCGAUGUCGUGCUGUUGUUGGUGUUCUUCAAUCAGCUAAAUCAAAAUCCAUUAAUCGUUGGAGAGAUUUAGAUGCUCGAAUAACUGAUGCUGCAAAUGAAGCCAAAGAUAAUGUUCGAUAUUUAUAUACACUUGAUAAAUUUUUUAGUACACUAGAUAAAAAUAAUCCAAAUGCCAUUGCCGAAAAUAUUCCUAGUUUAAUGAAUGCUAUUCGUAUGAUACAUAGUAUUUCACAAUAUUAUAAUUCAUCUGAACGAAUGACAUCUUUAUUUGUUAAAAUUACAAAUCAAAUGAUAAACACAUGUAAACGUUAUAUUAAAAAUGGUUGUACUCGUCUUUGGGAUAUUCCAAAACAAGAUCUUAUUAAUCGUAUUCAGGAAAGUAAAAAAUUAAAUAAUGAAUAUCAAGCAUAUUUUCAUAAAACAAAAGGAAAAUUACAAGAAUCAGCAAAUGAACGACAAUGGAAUUUUAGCGAAAAUUAUAUCUUUGGUAAAUUUGAUACAUUUUGCAAACGUCUUGAUCGUAUUGUUGAUGUUUUAAAUACAAUCGAAAGUUUAAGUGGCUUACAAAAUAUUCGUGUUGAAGGUUUAGAACCAAUUGUUGUUAAAUAUCGAUCAGUUGUUGAUGCAAUAAAAAAGAAAUCAUAUGAUUUACUUGAUCAUCGAAAACCGGAUUUUGAUAAUGAUUAUAAUGAAUUUAAAUCACAAAUUGAAUAUAUUCAAGCUCAAUUACAAUUAUUUAUCGAUUCAUGGUUUCGAAAAUCAUACACAGUUGAACAAUCUUUAUUAUUUCUUAAUAAAUUUCAAGAUUUAGAAGGUGUUAAAAUUGAUUUUGGUGAUAAAUUUAGUAAAUUAUUACAAAACUUUAGUAAAGAACUCGAUAGUGUACGUAAAAUUUAUGAAAAAAAUAAAGAAGAUCCACCAUUAUCACGUAAUUUACCACCAACAGCUGGUCGAAUUAUAUGGGCAAGACAAUUAUAUCAACGUAUAAGUAUACCAAUUAAAUUAUUACAAGAUAAAAUGGAUUUAAGUAAAAGUGAAGAUGGAAGAUUAUUAAUAAAGAAUUUUAAUAAAAUAGCUGAAGCUUUACUUCAAUAUGAAGUUUUAUUUUAUCGUAAUUGGGAACGUAGUAUUGAUUUAAUUAAGAAAGGCAUGGAAGCAACUAUUUAUAUUCGACAUCCAGAAACAAAAGAAGAAUAUGUUAAUUUUGAUCCACAAGUAUUGGAAUUAAUUAAAGAUGCACAAUAUUUAUCAAAAUUAGGUUUAGAUAUACCAGAAACUGCAACAACACUACUUCGACAAGAAGAACAAAUUCGACAAACAAGUGUUAAUUUACAAGAAUUAUUAAAUGAUAUUAAACAUGCUUAUGCAUUAAUUCCAAAAGAUAUGUCACAACUAUUUAAACCACAUCGCGAAAAAGUCGAAGAAGCAUUACGACCUGGUUUUGUUGCUAUCACAUGGUCUUCAUUAACAAUUGAAGAAUAUAUUACUAAUGUUCGGCAAGAACUAGAACAAUUACGUAUUCUUAUUAAUGAUUGUACUGAUAUUUUACAAUGUCGUAUUGAAAAUUCUUUACAAACUAUAGCUGAUACCCAAUUGUGUGAACCACAACAAGAUCCAAUAACACUGGAUGAAUUUUCUAAAUUAACAGAUGAAUCAUGUCAACAUGCAAUUAGUUCAAUAACAAAACAAACAUUAUUAUGUGAAAAAGCUGUUCAUUAUUUACUUGAAAUACUUAAAAAACGUCUUAAACCAAAUGAACAAAUGCAAAUAAAAGAAACUGAGAGUGAAUAUUAUGAUUGUUCACUUAAAUCAGCAAUGAAUACAAAAGGACAUGUUACACGUUGUAAUGAUUGUCAACCUUGUGCAUUUUUUAAUUUUUUAACAAAUUAUUGGAAUAAAAAUAUUGAUGCUAUUGUACAAUGUACACGAAGUUCAUUAGAAACAAUACGAAAACGUUUACAACAACCAAUACGUUAUGUUGGUGAAGAAGUUAUACGUGAACAAGUACGAAAUCCAUUAUUUCGUACAGAUAUUGUUUUAUCAAUACCAAAUGUACUUGUUAAACCAAGUUUAGAUGAUAUGCAAUCACAAUUAAAUAAAUCAGCAAAUACAAUGCUUAAAAUAGGACAAGAUAUACCAGAGUGGUUUCAUGCACAAAAAUUACGAGAAAUUACUAUUAAAGAAAUUGAAAAACAAGCGUUAGAUGAAGGUGAAGAUGUUAAAUUAGCUGUACAAGCUAAAGCACCAAAACCAUUACAUAAGCAUAAAAAUUGGAUACCAUCUCGUCCUAAAGAUUUUGAUGGACAAAAAAGCCUGCCGAAAUCUAUAAUAGGAGAAGCAAGAGUCAUUGCAGAAAAUAAUGAUGUAAAAAAAGUCGUCUUAUCACUUAAUUCGGCUAUAAGUACAUUUAAACCUGAUGUUCAAGAAAUGAUGAAAAAUUUUACUGGAUUUGCUGAAUUAUGGGAAAAAGAACCAGAAACAACUGUCAAAACAUUUAUGGAAUCGAAACCAUUAAUGGUUGAUUUUGAAGCAUUAUUUAAACAUUAUCGUCGAAUGGAAACUGAUAUUGAUGAAUUUCCUCCAUUAUUUCAAGUGGGUUCAAUUGUAUUUUAUACUGAUAAUUUAAAACGUGGUUUAAAAACUGAAAUAAAUAAUUGGAAAAUGGCCUAUGCUAAAGCUUUAAAUGAAAAAUCAUCACAAGAUAUGCAAAUGGUCUUCGAUAAAAUCGAUGAUAUACAAAAACGUUUAACACGUCCAUGUAAAGAUUUAGAUGAUGUUCGUACACAUAUGGGUGCAUUAGCUGAAAUACGUCAAAAUGAAAUUUUAAUUGAUCAAACAAUAACACCUGUUGAAGAAACUUAUGUGAUGUUAAAUAAAUAUGAAAUUGCAUUUAAUGAUGGUAAACCUGAACUUGUUGAUACAUUACAAUAUGCAUGGAAAAAAUGUUUACAACAAGGAAAAGAAGUACAAGCUCAUUUACUUGAAAUUCAACCAGUAUUUAAACAAAAUCUUCUGGAUAAUGUUACAGCAUUUCAACAAGAUUUUAAUACAUUUGUUGAUGAUUAUAAUAAAAAAGGACCUAUGGUUCAGGGUACACCACCACGUGAAGCUAGUGAUCGUUUAACAAUCUUUCAAGCAAAAUUUGAUGAAUUAUGGAGAAAAUUUGAAACAUAUAGUGCUGGUGAAGAUUUAUUUGGUUUAUCAAUAACGGAAUAUCCAGAUUUACAACGAAUAAAACGAGAAUUAGGUUUAUUACAAAAACUUUAUGGUUUAUAUAAUAUUGUUAUUGAUACAAUCAAUGGAUAUUAUGAUAUAACUUGGGUUGAUGUUGAUAUUGAAAAAAUUAAUAAUGAUUUAUUAGAUUUUCAAAAUCGUUGUCGAAAAUUACCAAAAGGUUUGAAAGAAUAUGAUGCUUUCGAAGAAUUAAAAAAGACAAUUGAUGAUUUUAAUGAAACUUGUCCAUUACUUGAAAUGAUGGCUAAUAAAUCAAUGAAACCACGUCAUUGGGAACGUAUUGCUAAUGUAACUGGACAUAAAUUUGAUAUCGAAUCUGACAAUUUUCUUCUACGAGAUAUAAUGACAGCACCAUUACUUAAAUAUAAAGAAGAUAUUGAAGAUAUUUGUAUAUCAGCUAUUAAAGAAAAAGAUAUUGAAGCUAAACUUAAUCAAGUUGUUGCUGAUUGGGGAAAUCAAAAUUUUCAAUUUAGUACAUUUAAAACUCGUGGUGAACUUCUAUUAAAAGGUGAUGCUACUGGUGAAAUAAUUGCACUUAUGGAAGAUUCGUUAAUGGUACUCGGUUCAUUAAUGUCUAAUCGUUAUAAUGCACCAUUUAAAAAGAAAAUUCAAGAAUGGGUACAAAAAUUAACAUCAACAACUGAAAUUAUUGAAAAAUGGAUGUCUGUACAAAAUCUUUGGAUUUAUUUAGAAGCUGUCUUUGUUGGUGGUGAUAUUGCAAAACAAUUACCAGCUGAAGCUAAACGUUUUGGAAAUAUUGAUAAAUCAUGGCAAAAAAUUAUGCAACGUGCACAUGAAAAUUUAAAUGUUGUUAGUUGUUGUACAGCUGAUGAUACAUUAGCACAAUUAUUACCACAUUUAUUUGAACAACUUGAAUUAUGUCAAAAAUCUUUAACGGGUUAUCUUGAAAAGAAACGUUUAGUAUUUCCAAGAUUUUUCUUUGUUUCUGAUCCAGCACUUUUAGAAAUUCUUGGUCAAGCUAGUGAUUCACAUACGAUUCAAAAUCAUUUAUUAAGUGUUUUUGAUAAUACGAAAACAGUUACCUUUGAUGAAAAAGUUUAUGAUAAAAUUCUUGAAAUUAAUUCACAAGAAGGUGAAAUGGUACCAUUAAAAGAGCCAGUUAUGGCUCAGGGUAAUGUUGAAGUAUGGCUUGGAGAUUUACUCAAAAUGUCACGUGCGUCAUUGCAUAAAAUUAUUCGUGAUGGUGCUAUUGCUAUUCAAGAUCCAUCUUUUAAUUUACUUGAUUUUCUCAAUAGUUUUCCAGCUCAAGUUGGUUUGCUUGGUCUUCAAAUGUUAUGGACACGUGAUGCAGAAGUAGCUUUAAAUAAUACAAAGACCGAUAAAAAAAUAAUGACAGAUACAGCAAAGAAAUUUCUUGAUAUUCUUAAUGCAUUAAUUAAUAAAACAACAGAAGAUUUAUCAAAAUUAGAUCGUGUUAAAAUCGAAACAUUAAUCACAAUUCAUGUACAUCAAAAAGAUAUUUUCGAUGAACUUGUUGUAAAUAAAACUCGGUCACCAGGUGAAUUCGAUUGGCUUAAGCAAUGUCGAUUUUAUUUUGAUGAAGAUGCUGAUAUAUGUCGUAUAUCAAUAACUGAUGUCGAUUUUAAAUAUAUGAAUGAAUAUUUGGGUUGUACUGAUCGACUUGUCAUUACACCAUUAACUGAUCGUUGCUAUAUCACAUUAGCACAAGCAUUACACAUGUCAUUAGGUGGUGCACCUGCGGGACCUGCCGGAACCGGAAAAACAGAAACAACAAAAGAUAUGGGUCGUUGUCUUGGAAAAUUUGUUGUUGUAUUCAAUUGUUCCGAUCAAAUGGAUUAUCGUGGUCUCGGACGUAUUUACAAAGGUUUAGCUCAAUCAGGCUCAUGGGGUUGUUUCGAUGAAUUCAAUCGUAUUGAAUUGCCUGUACUUUCUGUCGCUGCUCAACAAAUUGAUAUUGUUUUACGAUGUAAAAAAGAAAAAAAACCAUCAUUUAUUUUUACAGAUGGAGAUAAUGUUGAUAUGGAUACUGAAUUUGGUCUCUUUCUUACCAUGAAUCCUGGUUAUGCUGGUCGACAGGAAUUACCUGAAAAUUUAAAAAUUAACUUUCGUACAGUUGCUAUGAUGGUUCCUGAUCGUGCUAUUAUUAUGCGUGUCAAAUUAGCUAGUUGUGGUUUUCUUCAAAAUGUUAAAUUAUCAAAGAAAUUUUACACAUUAUAUAAACUAUGCGAAGAACAAUUAACAAAACAAGUCCAUUAUGAUUUUGGUUUAAGAAAUAUUCUAUCGGUUUUACGUACACUUGGUGCAUUUAAACGUGAAAAUCCAACUGAUUCUGAAGAAAAAACUAUGAUGCGAAUUUUACGUGAUAUGAAUCUUUCAAAAUUGAUUGAUGAAGAUGAACCAUUAUUUAUGUCUCUAAUUGAUGAUUUAUUUCCUGGUAUUCAACUUGAAACAAAAGGUUAUCCAGAAAUCGAAGCAGCUAUUAAAACACAAACUGAACAAGCACAAUUAGUACAUCAUCCACCAUGGGUAUUGAAAUUAAUUCAACUUUAUGAAACACAACGUGUACGUCAUGGUAUGAUGACAUUAGGACCUAGUGGUGCUGGAAAAACAAAAUGUAUCAAUGUUUUAAUGAAAGCAAUGACUGAAUGUGGUGCACCACAUCGUGAAAUGCGUAUGAAUCCAAAAGCUAUCACAGCUCCACAAAUGUUUGGUCGAUUAGAUGUAGCAACUAAUGAUUGGACUGAUGGAAUAUUUUCAACAUUAUGGCGUCGAACAUUAAAAACGAAAAAAGGUGAUCAUGUUUGGUUAAUUCUCGAUGGACCUGUCGAUGCUAUUUGGAUUGAAAAUUUAAAUUCUGUAUUGGACGAUAAUAAAACUUUAACAUUAGCUAAUGGUGAUCGAAUUCCAAUGGCACCGAAUUGUAAAAUUAUUUUUGAAGUACACAAUAUUGAUAAUGCUUCACCAGCUACUGUCAGUCGAAACGGUAUGGUCUUCAUGUCAGCAUCAGUUAUGAAUUGGGAACCUAUUGUAAAAGGAUGGUUACUUAAACGUAGUCCAAGUGAAACUGAUGUUUUACUUAAUCUUUAUACAAGAUCAUUUCCCGAUGCUUUAACUUAUGUUCUUCAAUCACUUGAUCCAAAAAUGCCAUUACUCGAAUGCAUGUAUACAAAACAAUCACUUGAUUUAUUAGAAGGUUUAAUCAAUAAAGAUAAAGCACCAGCACCAGAUGUUCUUGGUCGUCUUUAUGUAUUUGCAUUAAUGUGGUCUGUUGGUGCUCUACUUGAACUAUUUGAUCGAAAGAAAUUAGAAGAUUUUCUUGUUGAAAAAAAAGUUCUUGAUUUACCACCAAUAAAAGGUGAAGAAACAAUUUUUGAAUAUGUUGUUAGUCCUGAAACUGGACAAUGGCAACAUUGGAGUAAUCGUGUACCUGAAUAUACUUAUCCAAAAGAUUCAAUACCUGAAUAUUCAUCAAUUCUUGUACCUAAUGUUGAUAAUGUUCGAACAGAUUUUUUGAUUGAUACAAUUGCUAAACAAGAAAAAUCUGUUUUAUUAAUUGGUGAACAAGGUACUGCUAAAACAGUUAUUGUUAAAGGUUAUUGUUCAAAAUAUGAUCCUGAAGCUCAAUCAUUUAAAAGUGUCAAUUUUUCAAGUGCAACUACAGCAACAAUGGUUCAAAGAACAAUUGAAAGUUAUGUUGAUAAACGUGUUGGUACAACAUAUGGACCGCCGGGAGGAAAGAAAAUGACAAUCUUUAUUGACGAUAUUAAUAUGCCUAUUAUAAAUGAAUGGGGUGAUCAAGUUACAAAUGAAAUUACACGACAAGUUAUGGAACAAAAUGGAUUUUACAACCUUGAAAAACCAGGUGAAUUUACAAAUAUUGUUGAUAUACAAUUUAUUGCUGCUAUGAUUCAACCUGGUGGUGGUAGAAAUGAUAUACCACAACGAUUAAAAAGACAAUUUUGUAUAUUUAAUUGUACAUUACCAUCAAAUGCUUCAAUUGAUAAAGUUUUCAGUACUAUUGGACUUGGUUAUUUUUGUAAAGAACGUGGUUUUAGUCAAGAUGUUGUAAAUGUUAUUGAAAAACUUGUACCAGCAACAAGAAAAUUAUGGCAAAAAACCAAAGUUAAAAUGUUACCAACACCAGCUCGUUUUCAUUAUGUUUUUAAUUUACGUGAUCUUUCACGUAUUUGGCAGGGAAUGCUUAAUGUAACAUCUGAAGUAGCUGGAAAUAAAGUUGAUAUUGUAAUGUCGUUAUGGAAACAUGAAUGUUAUCGUGUUAUAGCUGAUCGUUUUGUUGCACAAGAAGAUAAAGAUUGGUUUGAGAAAACACUUAAGUUAGUUGCUGAUGAAGAAUGUGGACAACAACCAUCUUCUGCAAUGCAACCUGAACCAUAUUUUGUUGAUUUUCUCCGUGAUGCACCAGAAGCUACAGGUGAAGAAGGUGAAGAUACUGAUCUUGAAGCACCAAAAGUUUAUGAACUUAUUUCAUCAUAUGAAGCUCUUAGUGAAAAACUUCAACAUUAUCAACAACAAUAUAAUGAACAAGUAAAAGGUGGUAAAAUGGAUUUAGUCUUUUUUAAAGAUGCAAUGACACAUUUAGUUAAAAUUUCUCGUAUUAUACGAACACCACGUGGUUGUGCGUUAUUAGUCGGUGUCGGUGGUAGUGGAAAACAGUCACUUACUCGUUUAGCAUCAUUUAUUGCUGGUUAUCAAACUUUUCAAAUAACAUUAACAAGAUCAUAUAACGUAACAAAUUUAAUGGAAGAUUUGAAAAAUUUAUACCGUACUGCUGGACAAAAAGGCAAAGGUGUUACGUUUUUAUUUACUGAUAAUGAAAUAAAAGAUGAAGCUUUUCUUGAAUACAUGAAUAAUGUUUUAGCAUCAGGUGAAGUUUCAAAUUUAUUUGCACGUGAUGAAAUCGAUGAAAUCUUAGGUGAAUUAGCUGCAGUUAUGAAACGUGAAUUUCCUAAACGUGCACCAACAAAUGAAAAUUUAUAUGAUUACUUUUUAACACGUGUACGAAACAAUUUACAUGUUGUUUUAUGUUUUUCACCUGUGGGAGAAAAAUUUCGUAGUCGUUCAUUAAAAUUUCCAGCUUUAAUUUCGGGUUGUACAAUGGAUUGGUUUCAACGUUGGCCAAAAGAUGCUUUAAUUGCUGUAUCAAAACAUUUUAUUAGUAAUUUUGAUAUUGUAUGUACACAACAAGUUAAACAAGAAUUAGUUAUGAUGAUGGGUGAAAUACAAGAUCAAGUUGCUGAAGCAUGUGUUGAUUAUUUUAAUAGAUUUCGUCGUCAAACACAUGUUACACCAAAAUCAUAUCUUUCAUUUUUAGCAGGUUAUAAAUCAAUUUAUUCAGAAAAACGUAAAGAUAUUGGUAAAUUAGCUGAACGUAUGAAUACUGGUUUGAAAAAACUUAUAUCAGCUGCUGAAGAAGUACGAGAAUUAGCUAAAGAAUUAGAAGGAAAAGAAAAAGAAUUAGUUGUUGCUAAUCAAAACGCUGAUCUUGUUAUGCAAGACGUCAAUGUUAAAAAGUCAGCUGCAACAAAAGUAGCUGAACAAGUACAACGUGUUGCAGAUUCAUGUAAAGAACUUGUUGAUCAAAUAUCAGCGGAUAAAGCUGUUGCUGAAGCUAAACUUGAAGUAGCACGACCAGCUUUAGAAGAAGCUGAAGCAGCAUUAAAAACAAUUAAACCAUCUGAUAUUGCUACAGUUAAAAAAUUAGGUCGACCACCACAUUUAAUUAUGCGUAUUAUGGAUUGUGCUAUAAUUCUAUUUCAACGACCAAUGGAUCCUAUUAGUAUGGAUCCAGAAAAACCAUGUCCAAAACCAUCAUGGGGUGAAUCACUUAAAUUAAUGGGUGGGGGUGAUUUCUUAAAUACACUUGUUAAUUUUCCAAAAGAUACAAUCAAUGCUGAAACAGUCGAAUUAUUACAACCAUAUUUACUUAUGGAAGAUUUCAAUUUAGAAACAGCUAAACGUGUAUCAGGUAAUGUUGCUGGUCUUUGUUCAUGGGCUAUGGCUAUGGCAUAUUUCUAUGGUAUUAACAAAGAAGUAUUACCAUUAAAAGCUAACUUAGCUGUCCAAGAAAGUCGUCUUGCUCAAGCUACUGGAAAUUAUAAUGAUGCCCAAGCUCAAUUAGCAGCUAAAAUGGCUGAAGUAGCGGUUGUACAAGCUGAAUUCGAUAAAGCAAAUGCUAUUAAACAAGCUUUACUUGCUGACGCUGAAGCAUGUCGAAGAAAGAUGCACAAUGCUUCCGCUUUAAUUGAUGGUCUUUCAGGUGAACGUAUACGUUGGACAGAAGCAUCAAAAGGUUUUGAAGCUCAAACAAAUCGAUUAGUUGGUGAUGUUCUUUUAGCUACUGGCUUUCUUUCAUAUACUGGUCCAUUCAAUCAAGAAUUUCGUACAUUGCUUAUAAAACAAUGGCGUUCAGAUAUGACUAAACGUAAAGUUCCAUUUUCUGAUGAUUUGAAUAUUGUUUCAUUUCUUGUUGAUAAUGCAACAAUUAGUGAAUGGAAUCUGCAAGGUCUUCCAAAUGAUGAAUUAUCUAUUCAAAAUGGUUUAAUUGUUACAUCAGCAGCUCGUUUUCCACUUUUAAUUGAUCCACAAGGUCAAGGCAAAGCAUGGAUUCGACAAAAAGAAUCAACGAAUGAUUUACAAAUUACAACGCUUAAUCAUAAAUAUUUUCGAACACAUUUAGAAGAUGCAUUAUCACUUGGUAGACCAUUAAUGAUUGAAGAUGUUGGUGAUGAACUUGAUCCAGCAUUAGAUAAUGUUUUAGAAAAAAAUUUUAUUAAAUCUGGUUCAACACUUAAGGUUAAAGUUGGAGAUAAAGAAUGUGAUGUUUUAACAGGGUUUAAAUUAUAUAUAACAACAAAAUUAGCUAAUCCAUCUUAUACACCUGAAAUAUAUGCUAAAACAUCGAUUAUUGAUUUUACUGUCACUAUGAAAGGAUUAGAAGAUCAAUUAUUAGGUAUUGUUAUUCAAAAAGAAAAAGCGGAACUUGAAGCUGAACGUGUACGUUUACUAGAAGAAGUUACAUCGAAUAAACGUCGUACGAAAGAAUUAGAAGAUAAUUUACUCUUUCGUUUAACAUCAACUGAAGGAUCGUUAGUUGAAGAUGAAUCACUUAUUCAAGUUUUAGCUGAUACAAAAGCAACAUCAAAAGAAGUCAAUGAAAAAUUAACAAUUGCUGCUGAAACUGAAAUUAAAAUUAAUGCAGCUCGUGAAGAAUUUCGUCCUGUAGCAACACGUGGUUCUAUUGUUUAUUUUCUUAUUGUUGAAAUGUCAAUGGUUAAUGUUAUGUAUCAAACAUCAUUAAAACAAUUCUUAGGUCUAUUUGAAAUUGGCCGACAAAAAGCACAAGUAUCACCAAUAACAGUUAAACGUAUUCAAAAUAUCAUUGAAUCUUUAACUUAUGAAGUGUGGAAAUAUUCAUCACGUGGUUUAUAUGAACGUGAUAAAAAUCUUUAUACACUUUUAUUAGCACUUAAAAUUGAUAUGCAAAAAGGAAAUGUAAAACCAUCCGAAUUUCAAGUAUUAAUUAAAGGUGGUGCUGCUUUAGAUAUGAAUGCAGUUGAACCACGACCUGAUAAAAUGAAAAAAUGGUUAAGUGAUAUGACAUGGUUAAAUUUAGUUGAACUUUCAAAAUUAGCACAUUUUUCACAAGUAUUAAGACAAGUUGUUAGUAACGAUAAAGUAUGGUAUAAUUGGUUUCUAUCUGAUGCACCAGAAGAAGUUACAUUUCCUGAAUCAUAUUCAACUAGUUUAGAUACAUUUAAAAAAUUAUUAUUAGUUCGUUCAUUUGCACCUGAUCGUACAUUACCUAUGGCUAAGAAAUAUAUUGGAGAAUCUUUAGGUACUCAAUAUGCUGAAGGUUAUAUUUUAAAUUUAGAAGCUAUGUGGCAAGAAUCUGAUAAACGAACACCACUUGUUUGCUUUCUAUCAAUGGGUUCUGAUCCAACAGAUAAUAUUUUAAGUUUAGCUAAGAAACAAAAUAUUCUUUGUGGUACGAUAUCAAUGGGUCAAGGACAAGAAGUACAUGCUCGACGUUUACUUCAACAAAGUCAACAAGAAGGUCGAUGGAUAUUAUUGCAAAAUUGCCAUUUAGGUUUAGGUUUUCUUGAAGAAAUGUUAGAAACAGUAAUACAAACUGAACAAGUACAUGAGGCAUUUCGUUGUUGGUUAACAACUGAACCACAUCCACAAUUUUCUAUUAAUGUAUUACAAUCAUCAAUUAAAUAUACAUUUGAACCACCACAAGGUGUUAAAGCUGGUUUAAAACGUACAUUUGCUGGUCUGACACAGGAAGUAGUGGAUGCUAGUAAUUUUGUUGAAUGGAAAAUCAUAUUAUACGCUGUUGCUUUUCUUCAUACAACUGUUCAAGAACGUCGUAAAUUUGGUCCACUUGGAUGGAAUAUUCCAUAUGAAUUUAAUCAAUCAGAUUUUUCAGCUACAAUUCAAUUUAUUCAAAAUCAUAUGGAUGAAAUGGGUUCUAAAUGGAAUGUUUCAUGGCCAACUGUUCGAUAUAUGAUUGGUGAAGUUCAUUAUGGUGGUCGUGUAACUGAUGAUUUUGAUAAACGAUUAUUAAAUACAUAUACACGUGUAUGGUUUCUUGAUAAUAUGUUUACUGAUAAAUUUGAUUUUGCACCUAAUUAUAAAAUUCCACGUUGUAAAACCAUUCAAGACUUUCGUACACAUGUUGAAACAAUGAGUUUAUUUGAUAGUCCAAAUGUUUUUGGUCUUCAUCCAAAUGCUGAUAUAACAUAUCAAACAAACACAGCUGAUUCAAUUUUAGCUACAAUUGUUAAUAUUCAACCAAAAGAUGCUGGUGCUGGUGGUGGUGAAACACGUGAAUCAGUUGUUUAUCGACAAUGUGAUGAUAUGUUAAGUAAAUUACCUGAAGAUUAUAUUCCACAUGAAGUUCGUGCUGCUUUACAAAAACAAGGUACAUUACAACCAUUGAGUAUAUUUUUAAAACAAGAAGUUGAUCGUAUGCAACGUGUUCUAACAGUUGUACGUAGUACAUUAAAAGAUUUAAAAUUAGCUAUUGAUGGUACAAUUAUAAUGAAUGAAAAUUUAAAAGAUGCACUUGAUAAUAUAUUUGAUGCACGUGUACCAGCAACAUGGAGAAAAGUAUCAUGGGAUUCUGCAACGUUAGGUUUUUGGUUUAGUGAUUUAUUAGAUCGAAAUCAACAAUUUUUUACAUGGUUAUUUAGUGGACGACCAAAUGUUUUUUGGCUUACUGGAUUUUUUAAUCCACAAGGUUUUCUAACUGCUAUGCGUCAAGAAAUAACACGUAAUCAUAAAGGUUGGUCAUUAGAUAAUGUCGUUCUUGCUAAUGAUGUUUUAAAAAUGCUAACCAAAGAAGAAGUAACACAACCACCAGCUGAAGGUGUUUACAUCUAUGGAUUGAAAAUUGAUGGUGCUGCAUGGCGUUUGUCACGUGAAAAAGGUGGACAUUUAUCUGAUCCACCUCCAAAACAACUUUAUUCGGAUCUACCUGUUGUACACGUUUAUGCUACAAAUGAACCAAAACCAUUGGGUAAUGCUUAUUAUGUUUGUCCAGUAUAUAAGAAACCACGACGUACUGAUUUAACUUAUAUAUUUUCAUUAUCAUUAAAAAUCAAUAAUAACAAUCCAGAUUUUUGGUGUUUACGUGGUGUUGCUCUUCUUUGCGAUACAAAAUAA